UCCUGUGUAAAUUUUCAUUAGUAGAUCAAAUCUGUCAUUCAGUAUUCAAUCUCAAAACACCUGUGAGAACUAAAGGAGUUGCCCAGUUGUGAAGUAAACAUGAUCUGCAGCCAGUGUUGGGGAAAAGGCCCGCGAGAACAUUCAGCGAGAUGCUCAAAAUAUUCCAAAAUUUAACAGCAGAAUCAGGAAAAGGCAUCAGAGAUUAUGUGGUGCAGAUCAGGUUCUGUUUCAUAAUGGACGACACACAAAUAUCCAGAGAUGAAAAUGUUUCUCCAGGAUGCAGUUCAGUUCAUCAGAAGAGAUCAGAUCCAGAGCCCAGCUGUGUGUCUAUGAGGAGUGACUGGUCUAUGGAUCCUCCAAUAAGUUUUAAGAGUAAAGACACACCGCCUGAUUUCAGUUCAGUUCAUCAGAAAAGCACAGAAUCAGAGCCCAGUUGUGUGUCCAUGAGGAGUGAUGAUGAAUCUGUGGAUCAGCCAUUACAUGUUAGGAGUGGAGACACAGAGACUGAUCUCAGCCAUGAAGCCCUCAACACAUUUAGAUCAGAUCUGCUGAAGAAGUUUGAGUGUCUGUAUGAGGGAACAGCGGCACAGGGAAACCCAACACUCCUGAAUGAGAUCUACACAGAGCUCUACAUCACAGAGAGUGAGAGUGGAGAGAUCAGUCAUGAGCAUGAGGUGAGACAGAUUGAGACACAAUCCAGGAGAUCAACAACAGAGGACACAGCGAUCAAAUGCAGAGACAUCUUUACACCUUUACCUGGACAAGACAAAGCCAUCAGAACUGUGCUGACGAAGGGAGUCGCUGGCAUCGGAAAAACAGUCUCUGUGCAGAAGUUCAUCCUGGACUGGGCUGAAGAGAAGGAGAAUCAGGACGUCCAGCUCAUAAUUCCACUUCCUUUCAGAGAGAUCAAUCUGAUGAAGGACAAAACACUCAGUCUGUCAGAUCUUCUUCAGCUCUUUUUCCCUCAAACUAAAGAAAUGGAAAUAUCCAGUGACAAAUAUAAAGUGCUGUUCAUCUUUGAUGGUCUGGACGAGUGUCGUCUGUCUCUGGAUUUUCAGAGCGCUGUGAGGUUGUGUGACGUCAGUGAAUCCGCCUCAGUGGACGUGCUGCUGAUGAACCUGAUUGUGGGGAAUCUGCUUCCCUCUGCUCUCAUCUGGAUCACCUCCAGACCAGCAGCAGCAGAUCUCGUCCCCUCUGAGUGUGUCCAUCGAGUGACAGAGGUACGAGGCUUCAAUGACCCUCAGAAGGAGGAAUACUUCAGCAAGAGAAUCAGUGAUCAGAGUCUGGCCAAUACAAUCAUCUCACACCUGAAGUCCUCCAGGAGCCUCUACAUCAUGUGCCACAUCCCAGUGUUCUGCUGGAUCUCAGCCACUGUUCUGGAGAAGAUGUUGAGUGAAGCAGAGACUGCAGAGAUUCCCAAGACUCUCACUCAGAUGUACACACACUUGCUGAUCCUGCAGACCAACAUCAAACAUCAGAAGGACUAUGAGGAGAAGCUGACAGAUGAAGACAUGAUCCUCAAACUGGGGAAAGUGGCUUUUCAGCAGCUCAUGAAAGGCAAUAUAAUCUUCUAUGAGGAAGACCUGAGAGAGUGUGGCAUUGAUGUGGCAGAAGCUUCAGUUUACUCAGGAUUGUGCACUCAGAUCUUCAGAGAGGAGUUUGGCUUGUAUCAGGGGAAAGUCUUCAGCUUUGUUCAUCUGAGCAUUCAGGAACAUCUAGCAGCUCUAUAUGUGCACCUCUCCUGUAUUAACAACAACAGAGAUGGGUUUGAGGAAAUCAAAAAGCCGAGUUUGUGGUCUAAAGUAAAGGACCUUUUGUACUUAAAUUCAUCACAACUUGUUUCUUUAUCUGAGCUGCAUCAGCGAGCUGUAAAUGAGGCUCUACAGAGUAAAAAUGGACAUCUGGAUCUUUUCCUGCGGUUUCUUCUGGGUCUGUCAGUGGAGUCUCAUCAGAUCAUCCUUCAAAGACUAAUGAUACUGAAAAGCAGAUCAAUCCAGAUUAAUAAAACAGUCGAGUACAUCAAGAUGAAGAUCAGGACCAUCGACUCUCCAGAGAAAUUCAUCAAUCUGUUUCACUGUCUGAAUGAACUGGGUGAUCAUUCACUAGUAGAGGAAAUACAGCAGUAUCUGAAAUCUGGAAGAAUAAACAGAGCCAAACUCUCAGAAUCUCAGUGGUCAGCUGUAGCUUUUGUGUUGUUGACAUCAGAGAAAAAGCUGGAGGAGUUUCAUAUUAAUGAGUUUGUUGGCGAAACUGAAAAAAUAUUCAUUUUUAUGAAGCUACUGCCUGUGAUUAGAGAAUGCAGAUCAGUUCAGUUGAAUAAUUGUGGUCUCACAGAUGAAGGUUGUGCUGCUUUGGCUUCAGCUCUGAGAUCAAACCCUGAACACCUGAGAGAACUGAAUCUGUCUGGGAAUAGACUAGGAGAUUCAGUGACUCUUCUCUCUGCUCUACUGGAGGAUCCUCGCUGUAAUCUGGAAAUACUGUGGUUGAGUUAUUGUGGUCUCACAGAUGAAGGUUGUGCUGCUUUGGCUUCAGCUCUAAGAUUAAACCCUGAACACCUGAGAGAACUGAAUCUGUCUCAUAAUAAUAUAUCAAAAUCUACAGUGAAGCUGCUCUCUGAUCUAAAGCACAACCCACAUAAUAAGCUGGAAACAUUAUACAUUUGAUUCUCAGUGUUUAGUUUGCUCAGGAUCUGCUGAUUGUGAAAAAGGAGAAACGUCACAGACACACAAUCAACACACACUGAAGAUGAAUUUGCUCUUCAGUGUUUGAACUCUCAGUAAUGAUUUUAAAUCACACUGAACUGAGCUAAACUG